AUGAAAGAUCCUGGGAGCUUCCAAAUUCCUUGCAUCAUAGGGGAUAUAAGCAUUGAGAAGGCAUUGUGUGAUCUGGUAGCUAGCAUUAACCUUAUGUCCUUGGCCAUGAUGAAAAGAAUGAGAAUUGAAGAGGCCAAACUAACAAGAAUGGCACUCCAAUUAGCUGACAGAACAUUCAAAUUCCCUCAUGGUGUGGUGGAAGAUUUGUUGGUAAAGGUGGGAGAGUUUAUCUUCCCAGCUGACUUUGUUGUGUUUGAUAUGGAGGAAGAGGCUAACACAUCAAUUAUCUUGGGAAGGCCAUUCCUAGCUACUGCUAGAGCUAUAAUUGAUGUACAAAAGGGAGAGCUAGUCUUGAGACUGCUUGAAGAGAAGAUGGUAUUCAAUGUUUUCAAGGCAAUGAUCUAUCCAAAGGAGUCCAUUGGUGAAUGCAUGAUGGUAGACACAAUGGAGAAGCUAGUCCAAGGUGUCCUAGAAGAAGAACAAUGUGAAGAAAUUAUGGAGCUUGAUCAACAAGCAUCAUGUGGUGAAUUACCACAAGAAAUCAUACAAGACUCAAUCAUGAUGGAGAAGACAAGCAAAAAGGAAGUGGAGGCACCAAGGUUGGAGUUGAAGACUCUGCCUCCAAGCUUGAAGUAUGCCUACUUGGGUGACAACAACGCAUACCCAAUAAUCAUCAACUCAAGCUUGAGUAAAGAGUAA